GCUGCUUCACAGUGGGAGGGAAUGACAGCAUCCCAGUUUCCGGUUCCGGCAGUACCGGGAUCCCUGUCGAGAUGGAGGAAGAUGCGAACCGAGUCUGGCUGUUGCUGGGACUGGAGGGUAGUGCGGGGGCUGCGGUCUAGAAGUCCCAGUCUCAGACGCGGCUUAAGCGCCGGGGUCUGAGAAGGUAAGCGACCACGGUGCUUGGGUGCCUUGAAGGAUCAGAGGUACCUAAGGAUCAGAGGUACCUAAGGAGGCGAGGAGGCAGCGGAUAUCUGCUCUGCGGGGCUGGCAUCGCCAUGGGAGGCCGCUCUGCAGUUUUGGCAACGAAAGGCAAGUCCCCCGAGGCAUCUCGGCCUGGCAGAGGAGCAUGAGAGACUGACAGCUAGAGAAGCAUGGCGAGGGGCAUGUCCGAGGACUCUGAAUUGGCCGUGCAAGAGCCAGACAGAAGGUCUUUGGGCACAAUGGAGAACAAGCGGAACAUCCAGAUCAUCGAGUGGGAGCACCUGGACAAGAAGAAGUUCUAUGUGUUUGGUGUAGCUAUGACAAUGAUGAUCAGGGUCAGCGUGUACCCGUUCACCCUCAUCCGCACCCGCCUGCAGGUCCAGAAGGGCAAGAGCCUCUACCACGGGACCUUCGAUGCCUUUGUCAAGAUCCUGCGAGCCGAUGGAGUGGCCGGCCUCUACCGGGGGUUCCUGGUCAACACCUUCACACUCAUUUCUGGCCAGUGCUAUGUCACCACUUACGAGCUCACCCGGAAGUUUGUAGCUGACUACAGCCAGAGUAACACAGUCAAGUCACUGGUAGCCGGUGGCUCGGCCUCCCUCGUGGCCCAGAGCAUCACGGUGCCCAUCGAUGUCGUCUCCCAGCAUCUGAUGAUGCAGCGCAAGGGUGAGAAAAUGGGUCGCUUCCAAGUGCGCGGGAACCUGGAGGGGCAAGGACUGAUUGCCUUUGGCCAAACUAAGGACAUCAUCAGGCAGAUCCUGCGGGCUGAUGGCCUUCGAGGUUUCUACCGAGGCUAUGUGGCCUCACUGCUGACGUAUAUCCCAAACAGUGCUGUAUGGUGGCCCUUCUACCACUUCUAUGCAGAGCAGCUGUCUCGCCUGUGCCCUCAGGAGUGCCCUCACAUUGUCUUUCAAGCCAUCUCUGGGCCCCUGGCUGCAGCCACUGCCUCCAUCCUCACCAAUCCCAUGGAUGUCAUCAGAACCCGUGUGCAGGUUGAAGGCAAGAGCUCCAUCAUCCUGACCUUCAGACAGCUGAUGGCAGAAGAGGGGCCUUGGGGCCUCAUGAAGGGCCUCUCAGCCAGAAUCAUCUCAGCUACCCCCUCCACCAUCGUCAUCGUGGUGGGCUACGAGAGCCUCAAGAAACUCAGCCUGCGACCGGAGCUGGUGGACUCGAGACACUGGUAGCGAGCAGUGGAUGGAGAGGCUGUAGUUUCACACAUCAUUCUGGGCCAGGGCAGAGCAGGGAGGGUAUAACCACACCUGUGAAUGCCACCACCACACACCCAUCCUGCUCCAGCUUGCCUGUCAGGAACAAUCGAGGAGACUUUGGACUGCUCGUUCUGCAGAGGUUCUGUGCCUGGCUUCCCUGAUCCCCAUAAUUUUAUUUCAUGGCCUGAAGAUCAACCGCCACAGGGACCCCAUCAGCCCCUUACUGGUGCCCCUCUCUGUCCUUGCCUCAGGCCUGGAGAAGAGCUGCUCAUAGUUUGCUUGUCCCCUGCUUCUUCCUCUUAGGCCAAGGCUCUAAGUAACUGCCAGUGAUUUAUUUUUUUUAUGCCUGCUUACUUUAAACUUGGGACUUGAGUUGUUCACUGGACUACUCUGCUUUGCCCUGCCUUUUGAGGACAAAUCGGAGCAGCACACACUCUGCAAGGCGUUCAUCUUCUCUAGGUGUUACUAGGAGGGACAAAUGCUAAGGCUUUACAUGUGUGUAGUUGAACAUCUGUGAAUGAGCCAACUAAUCCAGAUAGCUUGGUUUGCUGUUAGACCCCACUCCUUGGAAAAGUGGAAAACUGUGACACCAAUCUCAAUUCUUUUAUCCCUUUUUUGUCCCUUCAGGCCUGGGAACCUACAGAUAGGAUGAGCUGUUGGCCUUUAUUGGCCCAGGUGACUACAGUAGAGAGCACCAUUGUAAGUGGAUCAGACUUACUGGAGAACAUUGCCCUGAAGCCAGGUUGAGAGAGCCACUGGCUUGGAACUUAAUGAGAGGAUGUGUGUUCCUCACUCUUACCUCCUCAGGCCAGCUGAGCCAAGCCGGGAGGUUCUGAGCCCAAGGCAGCAAUGCCACAGGCAUACCUGUCACUCUGAUAAAUAGCAACAGGUAUCUCACAGUGGGACUCUGGAAUAUGAACUAUCCUUGUUUUUCUUGUCCUUGGUUGUGAAGUGUCAUCCCAGUCAUGGUACCCUGUGCUGGCAACAGAAAAAAAAAAAAGUCAGGAAGGCACCCAAGGCCAGGUCCACCUGGUUACCAG